AAGCACCGCCCACUUUUACCAUUUAACCCAUUCCAUUCCAACCGCUCAUUCCACUAUUACAAUGAAGACCGUGACGUCUCGUUUCAUUUCUUGUGUGGCCUGCCGUCAAUGAGACCAAUGUAUAUAUAAAUGGACUAUACAGUUAGAUCUAAUAGCUCAAUGUUACAAUCUUUGCAAGAUCUAUAUUUCUGGCGGCACCGAUGUUUUCAAUCGUAGUCUUGCUCUCACUCCUGGCUGUUUCGGCUAAUGCCGAUUUUUUUCACUUCGACAGCAUUUCAAAUGUUUCUACCUACUAUUUCAAUUACAUCUAUUGCAAUAUAUGGGAAGGGGACUGCCAACCACACCAGGAUGAUGCGACACAACAAGUGCCUACUGGCAACAUUUGGUCAGGGUUUCCCCAGUACUACACUGGCAUGCUGACUGCUUGGUACUGCAGCCUGGGUCAGUGCUGUGAUUCAGGGGACUGUAGGAUUACAAAUAACAUCACAGGAUUGGAGAGAGAUCUACAGGUGAAUCUCCACGGGCAGCACCUGGCCCAGUCUGUGGUUCUGAAAGCCAUUCAAGGAUUCAUUAAAAACCCUGAGUCCAACAAACCCCUGACUCUGUCCUUUCACGGCUGGUCUGGAACAGGCAAGAACUUUGUGGCUCGGAUAGUAGCGGACAACCUUUACCGGGAUGGUAUAAAGAGUGAAUGUGUACGUUUGUUCAUUGCCCCAUUCCACUUCCCUCACGCGAGAUUGGUGGACGUGUACAAGGGCCAACUGAGAGAAGCCAUUCGAGACAUGGUUCUGCGGUGCCCACAGACUCUCUUUAUCUUUGACGAGGCAGAAAAGCUUCAUCCAGGACUCAUCGACGCCAUAAAGCCCUACAUGGACCACUAUGAUAAUGUGGAUGGGGUCAGCUAUAGGAGAGCCAUAUUUCUGUUCCUCAGCAAUAUCGGUGGUGCUGCCAUCAAUGAGGUGGCACUGGAUUUCUGGCACUCGGGACAGAACAGGGAAGAUAUCGGCAUGGAAGAUUUGGAACAUCUUCUGCGGGCUGAAGCCAUGGAGGCAGAAGGAGGUUUUGCACAGAGCGAGCUGAUGUCAGGCCAUCUUAUUGACUUCUUUGUACCAUUCUUGCCGCUGGAGUACCGGCAUGUGAAACUGUGUGCACUUGAUGCAUAUGCUGCUCGUGGCCUUAAGCCGGAUGAGGGAACGCUGGAUGAAGUGGCCAAAGCCAUGCUGUAUGUUCCUAAGGAGGAGAAACUCUUCUCUGCACAGGGCUGCAAAUCCAUCCCUCAAAGGAUCAAUUUCUUUCUACCAUAACAGAGCGUUACACAAAAUCACAGAUUAUAGAAACAACAGAAUAUACUUGAAUGAAGCAGAAAUGACUGCUGAUAUCUGAAAUGCAAAUUAUACAACCCUGACAAUGCAGAAACAAAACACACCUUCACCUCGAUAUUUUACACUCUGAGAGAAAGGACAGGAACAAAAGAGCUUGCUCAUAACAAACCCUACUGUAUUGAUAUUUAAGAACGUUUUAUGUACUUCUAUCUUAGCUACUUCUCCCAGGCAAGCAACAUUACAUGUAUUGAUCUGACCUAAGCAACUUAACCUCUUUGAAAAAUAUUUUAUUUACAGUAAUGCACUUACAAUGGAAGGCUGUUAUUCAAGCAGGCAGAACCACAGUGUUUUUUAACAUUUGAGCAUUGCUCUUUUUUUACUUCCGUAAUAUGUAUUUCUGAGCUAAACAGGAUAUUGAAUAGGAAAAAAAGUAAGAAGGGAAUUGAUCGAAUCUGCUGGACUUUCCAUGUACGUAUUAUCGCCUAAUGUAUUUUAGUUUGUUUUCACAAACUGAAAGAGAAUUUUAAGUGGUCAUCAUUUUCUGUGGUGAUUGACUGUAUGCCACUAAGAAGCAUAAAAUAAUAUGCCACUACAUUUUUAUUUAAUCUGGAAUGUUUCUUUAAAGUUGCUGUUUAAUAAAUUUGUACAUUUUUGGCAUAUUUCAGUAAUCAUAGGCUGAAAUUACCACAAAAAAAGUGUUUAAUACAUUUAUUGUAUACUUUUUGUGUGUUGUGUAUCUUAAGGUGUUGUGUUUUUUGUUUUUUAAUUGGAACUCAAUUAAUUGUCACUUGUGUUUUUUGUUUUGUUCAUUGAUGUUUCCAUUUUGAGCACAUUAUGAGUUGUUGGGGAAAAGAUGAAGAUAUGUCACUGAAAUUUAUGUAGGUCGAAAAAAGAGCUAGAGUGACAAGCUUGACAAACUUGAGAUUGAAGAAAACAUUGCUUUACAUUUGAGGCUUGAUGUAAUGCACUAUCUUCCCCUCUCACAGGCCUGUAUGUAUUUUUUGUAGUUUGCCCAUUUGUUAAAUUAACUUGAUUUUAUUUGCUGUACUCAAGACAGUUGUUAUGCUACAGUAACGUGCAGCUAUGGUCAUUUUACUGUCAUUUUACUUGUCAGCCCUGAUAAUGUUACUGAAAGAACUAGAUUUUAUGUCACCAGCUAAAAUUAUAAACUUUUGUAAAGGUUUUGUCUACAAAUAAUAUCAGGCAAGUGAUAUGAAAAAGGUGCCUAUUGUCUGUUAUUUUUGUUUGAGCAAGCUUAAAUUGUGCAUUGCCAUUUCUUAUUUAUAACAUCAGUGGAAAAUUGUUAAAUGCCCUUGUUAUUGAUAUUCGAGGUGGGAAGAAAAGAACGAAAUAAAAGUUACACGUGCCAA